AUGUGCUUAUGGAUUCAUACUGCUAGUGCUGACCAAACACCGCAAUCUCGACUCUUGGAAGCCUCAUUGGCACAUGUUUCCGAGCAUGGAUGGACGUUGCAAGCAAUCCGCCAAGGAGCAAGAUCGCUCGGAUACACUGAUGUUACUCAUGGGUUACUUACUCGUGGUCCCAUUGAACUAGUCGAGUACUUUAUCCAGUCACGUACAAAAAUGAUUGGACCUGCACUUGCCAAGGAACAGGUUGAUCUAUCUCAGAUGGGAGUGACUGCACGAGUAAGAACAGCAUGUAUUGCUCGUUUAAUGAUGACUGGUCCAUAUAUUCACAAAUGGCCGCAGGCCAUUGCGUUACUUUCUCAGCCACAGAAUCUGGCCAAUACUGCGAGGGAUUUAGGUGGUCUUGUCGACGAGAUUUGGUUUCUUGCUGGUGACAGAUCUCUUAAUUGGUAUACCAAGCGAUUAAUUCUUUCAGGAGUCUACACCUCGUCAGAAUUGUUUAUGACGACAGACAAGUCAAAAGGGUUUGAGCAAACCUACAAAUUUCUGGAUAGACGUUUAAAGGAUGUAGGCGGAUUUGGCAAAGCCGUAUCGGAUGUUAGCAAUGUGGUGAAUUUUGGAGUUCGAUCAGCCAUGGGCAUCCUUCAAUCUGUAAGUAGUGCAGUAGAUCUGCCAACAGUAUGA